AGGGACUUGGCAACUGAACUUGUCAGUCAGGUUUACCGUGGGCGGAGAAUGCUACAAAUAGAAAGAAAAAACAGUUUGACUUGGUGUUUUGAGCUCAGUGUAGUCAAAGACAUGACAUGAAGAACACCCUGGACGCCAUUAGAAAAUAUCUGUAAUUAGUUUUUUAGAAAACAUGGAGAAAGCUACAGCUGUCAGAGAGCUCAAUGCAGUACUUGUGGGAUCAAGAAGCGCCCAGAAAUAUUAUGCUGGAAACAUGAUCCUGGGAAAAGAGUUGUUUGAUCCUGGAGAAGAAACAUGUUGUUGUGAGAAGGGUGAGGCGGAAGUAUGCGGGAGAAGAGUCUCAUUGAUCAAAGCCCCUGGUUGGCUGCGAGGAUACUGCCUCUGUGAUACAUCAGAACUUUACAAGAUAGAAGCGAUUCUCAGUGUCACCAUGUGUCCACCACAGAUACAUUGCUUUAUCCUGGUGAUAAAUGCAGAAAUGCUAUUCAAAGAUGUUAAUAAGAAGGCAACCCUGGAGCACAUGCAGCAUUUCUUUGGUGAGACAGUGUGGGAUCACACCAUAGUGGUCUUCAUCCACAGACGCCGCCUGGGAAAGACCAUUGAGCAAUACAUCAAGGGGGAAGGUGCACCACUGCAGUCACUUCUGGAGGCAUGUGGAAACAGAUAUCACAGUCUUUGUGAUGAAGGCAAAGACAAUGACAUGAUGGUCAAGGAGCUGUUUGAGAAGAUUGACGCCAUGGUGGCAGCAAAUAGCUACUAUGAAAUGGACAGUACGCUAGUCCAAAGUGCUGAGGCGAGGAGGACCGAAGUGAACAAAAAAGCAGAGGAUCGGCGUCUGCAGUCACAUCAACAAAGGGAAACACUCAAAGCACUUCUGACAGAACCAAAACCCAGCCUGAGAAUCCUGAUGGUGGGGUGGGUGUUUUCUGGGAAGAGUGCUGCAGGAAAUAUUAUCAUGAGAUCAGAUGUGUUUCAUUCUGGGGAAAGGACAGUGAAAGCUUUAAAGCAACAUUGUGAGGUGGCUGGAAGAGAUGUUGUCAUUGUGGACACUCCAGGAUGGUGGAAGUUUUUCCCACCUGCGUUUAAUCCUCCAUCUUUGAAGUCGGAGAUUUUAGAAGGAGUGUCUCUCUGCUCUCCAUCACCAAAUGUCAUUUUACUGGCACUGACACUUGACACACCAUUUACAGAGGAACAAAGAAGAAUCACAGAAAGCAACAUGAGGCUACUUGGACACAGAGUGUGGAGACAUGUGAUUGUUUUGUUUACAUGGGGGGACACUUUGGGAGACAAAACUGUCGAGCAGUACAUUGAAGGUGAAGGAAAACCUCUCCAGUGGCUUAUUGAGAAAUGUGGAAACCGGUAUCAUGUGUUUAACAAGAAGAGAAAAGAUGAUGAUCAGGUGAUCAAGCUGCUGGAGAAGAUGGAGGAGAUGGUGGCAGGAAACAGCUUUUUUUACCUCAGUGCUUACCCAGAGGAUCCACAACCUGAGCAAGACAGAAGUGACGAAUUAAGUGAAACCAGAGAUGAGAACACAACCAAGGAGGUCACAGAGCAACUUACCAUGGAAUGGGAUCGCAGGAACUGGGAGAAAAGUCACAUCCUCAAAGGAAACAACAGCAUGGAUUUAAGACCAAACAUGAGUGACAGUAUGAAGUCUGGGAAUUCAGAAAAAGAUGAUAAAGAAAUUAAUUACCAAUAUGAAGAUGACGAGUUCCAGAAAAGAGCGACUGAAGAUGAAGUAGGAGCGAGCAAUGAGAACCCAUAUAUGAGACUAUUAGAGAAAGAAUGGAGCAGACGAGAAGCGGCGAUGGAACAGGCAGGAUGGACACAUUUCUUCUCUGCAGAAAACAUGGAGAAAGCUACAGCUGUCAGAGAGCUCAAUGCAGUUCUUGUGGGAUCAAGAAGCGCCCAGAAAUAUUAUGCUGGAAACAUGAUCCUGGGAAAAGAGUUGUUUGAUCCUGGAGAAGAAACAUGUUGUUGUGAGAAGGGUGAGGCGGAAGUAUGCGGGAGAAGAGUCUCAUUGAUCAAAGCCCCUGGUUGGCUGCGAGGAUACUGCCUCUGUGAUACAUCAGAACUUUACAAGAUAGAAGCGAUUCUCAGUGUCACCAUGUGUCCACCACAGCUACAUUGCUUUAUCCUGGUGAUAAAUGCAGAAAUGCUAUUCAAAGAUGUUAAUAAGAAGGCAACCAUGGAGCACAUGCAGCAUUUCUUUGGUGAGACAGUGUGGGAUCACACCAUAGUGGUCUUCAUCCACAGACGCCGCCUGGGAAAGACCAUUGAGCAAUACAUCAAGGGUGAAGGUGCACCACUGCAGUCACUUCUGGAGGCAUGUGGAAACAGAUAUCACAGUCUUUGUGAUGAAGGCAAAGACAAUGACACGAUGGUCAAGGAGCUGUUUGAGAAGAUUGACGCCAUGGUGGCAACAAAUAGCUACUAUGAAAUGAACAGUACGCUAGUCCAAAGUGCUGAGGCAAGGAGGACCGAAGUGAACAAAAAAGCAGAGGAUCGGCAUCUGCAGUCACAUCAACAAAGGGAAACACUCAAAGCACUUCUGACAGAACCAAAACCCAGCCUGAGAAUCCUGAUGGUGGGGUGGGUGUUUUCUGGGAAGAGUGCUGCAGGAAAUAUUAUCAUGAGAUCAGAUGGGUUUCAUUUUGGGGAAAGGACGGUGAAAGCUUUAAAGCAACGUUGUGAGGUGGCUGGAAGAGAUGUUGUCAUUGUGGACACUCCAGGAUGGUGGAAGUUUUUCCCACCUGCGUUUAAUCCUCCAUCUUUGAAGUCGGAGAUUUUAGAAGGAGUGUCUCUCUGCUCUCCAUCACCAAAUGUCAUUUUACUGGCACUGACACUUGACACACCAUUUACUGAAGAACAAAGAAAAAUCACAGAAAGCAACAUGAGGCUACUUGGACAGAGAGUGUGGAGACAUGUGAUUGUUUUGUUUACAUGGGGGGACACUUUGGGGGACAAAACUGUCGAGCAGUACAUUGAAGGUGAAGGAAAACCUCUGCAGUGGCUUAUUGAGAAAUGUGGAAACCGGUAUCAUGUGUUUAACAAGAAGAGAAAAGAUGAUGAUCAGGUGAUCAAGCUGAUGGAGAAGAUGGAGGAGAUGGUGGCAGGAAACAACUUUUUUUACCUCAGUGCUUACCCAGAGGAUCCACAACCUGAGCAAGACAGAAGUGACGAAUUAAGUGAAACCAGAGAUGAGAACACAACCAAGGAGGUCACAGAGCAACUUACCAUUGAAUGGGAUCGCAGGAACUGGGAGAAACAUCACAUCCUCAAAGGAAACAGCAGCAUUGAGUUCAGGCCAGACAUGAGUGACAGUAUGAAGUCUGGGAAUUCAGAAAAAGAUGAUAAAGAAAUUAAUUACCAAUAUGAAGAUGACGAGUUCCAGAAAAGAGCGACUGAAGAUGAAGUAGGAGCGAGCAAUGAGAACCCAUAUAUGAGACUAUUAGAGAGAGAAUGGAGCAGACGAGAAGCGGUGAUGGAACAGGCAGGAUGGACACUUUUCUUCUCUGCAGCAAAAUCCGAGCCAGAUGCUGAUCAAGUGCUGGAAUCAAGAGCAAAGGUGUCUGCAUGGUUGAAACAACUUCCAACUCUUCACAAAACCUCAGAUUCAGGCUAUGAAGGUACGAUUUCUAGUGUGGGGCCAGAGGAAGAAGCAGCUCAGCAACACUGACAUUUUGCAAAGUACUCAUUCAGCAUAGAUAGACAAUCCAUGUCAUUUAUUAUUAUAUAUGUAUAGUUUAACACAGUGAAGUGAAAAAUUAUUUAUUGUUAAUAAUCAAAGUAACCUAAUAAAUGUAUCUAUUCUAUAUUAUUUUAAGCUCUUUGGGCGCCUUGUCAGAACUUCAAAAAGCUACUUUUUGUUAAGUUUUAGUUUUGUUUCAGAUUAUAGAAUUAUGGAAUAAAUUCUUUCCUUGUGAAUCUGUGGUGUGUGUUGAGGUGGUGGAUGAUGUGAUGUACACAAUUACUGAAUACUAGGAAGUGAGAUCUCCAAGGACUAAUGUGUAUAAUGUUGCAUUUACAGAGAUAAAAACACAUUCUCCAAAUCUAAAAGUAAUCAUGUAAAUGUCAAAUGAAUAAUAAUCAAUAAAACAGUGCUAUACUGAUAGCAGGAUCCAGUUUUCAGGUGUAGUGUCUACCUUUUCUGAAUUCCAGCAUAAAGAUAAAUUCUUUGGGAUAAUUUUUUUUAAUUAUUUGUGAAGACUGCCGCUCAGUGCCAAAGAGGCUACUUUUCCUGUAAUAAAUGAAUGGAUUCAAGCUAGAUAAUAACAAGGAGAAAUUUAAGUAUGAUUUUCCUCCAAAAUGAGUGACAAAAUAUGUGCAAGGCUUCGGCAGAUCACAAAAACACUGCAUAUGUUAUACAGCUAUGGAUGCUGUUGGUAGACGCUUUAACCCAGUACACUGCAUUUAAUUAUCAGUUUCAGAAAAGACAUGUAGAUAAAUUUCUGUAUUCCCACUGACAAAACAAGAAGAGGGUUUCUGCGACCCACUGAUGAUCAGCAAUUUAUACUGUUUUUAUUUUUAAGAUUGUAUUAACUGUCUGUUUUCUUUGUAUUAUCAUUCUGUGUAUUUGCUCAUAAUAUACAUAUUAUUUGCAUGUUUGGAAUAAAUCACUAAAUCAGAAGAUCAGAAACGUUAGAUUCUAAUGUAAUGAAGUAGGUCUUUCGAAAUCCAUGUAACGUCAAAAUGGAUGUAAAUGUGUGUGUAACCGAAACUACUUUGGUUUUGUUGUAAUAAAGCUCUAACUUCUCA